UCCCACUGCUGACUGUCCCUCUCUGCAGAUACCACCGGGGACUCGAACCCAGGGGGCCCCAUGGAGGCCGCAGCAUCGCAGCCGGUGAAGCAGGAGAGCCUGUCGGUGGAGGCCCUGACGCUCGACUCGCCGUGGCACCGCUUCCGCCACUUCCACCUGGGUGACGCGGCAGGGCCACGCGAGGCCCUGGGGCUGCUCCGCGCCCUGUGCCGGGACUGGCUGCAGCCCGAAGUGCACACGAAGGAGCAGAUGCUGGAGCUGCUGGUGCUGGAGCAGUUCCUGAGUGCCCUCCCCGCAGACACCCAGGCCUGGGUGUGCAGCCGCCGGCCUCAGAGCGGAGAGGAGGCCGUGGCGCUGCUGGAGGAGCUCUGGGGCCCGGCGACCUCCCCAGAUCGGUCCUCAGCAAUGAGGGCCCCUCGGGAUAUGACGGAAGGCUCGGGGGUCAGUGUUGGAAAGGAAGAAAGUGGGACGAUUCCCGUAGGGACCGGAGCCUCCGGGACAGAGGCGCCUGCAGCGGGGACCGCAGGGGCCACGCGCCCCUACAAGCAGGAGCCGGGCAGCCCCCCACCAGCCCCUCUGGUACCCGUCCUCCCUGCCUUCCUGGCGGCCCCUGGGACCGUAUCGUGCCCAGAGUGCGGCAAGUCGCCCCUGAAGCCGGCUCACCUGUUGCGCCACCGGCAGAGCCACUCGGGCGAGAAGCCGCACGCGUGCCCCGAGUGCGGCAAGGCGUUCCGGCGCAAGGAGCACCUGCGGCGCCACCGCGGCACCCACCCCGGCAGCCCGGGGCCCGCGCUGCGGCCCCUGCCGGCGCGCGAGAAACCGCACGCCUGCUGCGAGUGCGGCAAGACCUUCUACUGGCGCGAGCACCUGGUGCGCCACCGCAAGACGCACUCGGGCGCAAGGCCCUUCGCCUGCUGGGAGUGUGGCAAGGGCUUUGGGCGGCGGGAGCACGUGCUCCGCCACCAACGCAUCCAUGGCCGGGCUGCCGCGGCGCAGGGGACUGCAGCGCCGGGUCCCGAGGGGGGUGGUGCCUUCCCGCCCUGGGCCCUGGGGUAGCCCUGGCUCCAAACACCUGCUGCAGGGCGUCACCCCCUUAGCACCCCACCCACCUCCCUGACACCUCUCAGCUCUUCCCUACCCCAGCUUUGCUUACCCCUUCAGGCCCCGUGCCCCUCCUUCCUCCGUUCCGGAGUUCUCAGCUUUCGCCUGCCCCUAAAAAGGUCCUUCUCUCUCCCUCAUCCCAUCCUCUUUUCGUGGAGGGGCGACCUUCCCCGGGACACCCUUUAUGCGGGGACAGUUGCUCAGGGAAGGAGCAGAGUAAACCCCCCCACCCCCGGCCUCCAGCGGAAGGCAACCUUGGACCCCAGGACAGAGUCGGGGCCAAAGAUGGGAGGAGGCCCAGACCAGGAUUCGGUUCACUCCACAGUUCCAAGGCAUGAGGUGGGCAGAGGUGCCUGAGAAACUUGUCACAGAUGACAGGUCACCAGCGUCAGAGAGAGUAAUAAAGUGACUGACUCAGUG